ACAGCUGCGCGAGUCGUCACCGAUGAAAGGCUUCUUAUCUGGUUAACGUGUCAGAGCUGAGCGCUCCGCAAUAGUGUUCUUCGCUGAUUAAUUACCUGCCGGAAGUCACUUUUGACUUUUGUUCUUGACGUGUUUACUGCUUAAUUGUAUCAUUGGAGAACGUGUAGCUGAUGUUUAUCUGAGUUCAUGAUAAAAGGUUUUUAUGUCUCGCUCUAAUUUUUUCCACCAAUGCUUUUAUUGUGGGUGAGAACAAACUGUCUCACACGCCGUGUUUUUGCAAUGGUUUCAAGUGCACGUUGGUUUUAUAGCAUGCACAACACAUAAAAUGUUACUUUUGAUCUUGUGGGAUCCUAACCUUUUUUUUAGACAGCAAAAAAAAUGUCGCUUCGCUUAAGCUGCCAUACAGAUGUUUUGAUAUAUAAGUAGAUGACUUGGUCAACAAGCGUCUUGACUCAUAGUGUCUUUGUUUGUGUUGCAGUGAUUUCAGCAAUGAGGUCAACGGGUGUCGCAAAAACACGAAAUAAACAGACCCAUUGUUAUUGCAAUGCAGCAUAUGGACCGAAAGCUAUCACAACAAAAAGCAGCUGGAGCCUCCUGUGUGUAGAAGCAGGAAAACAUACAGUGGGAGCAAAUUCACUUUUGUCCCGACUGUUUACAAAGGAUCACUGCGGUACAUGUUGAACACCAGGUGAAAUUAAUUACACAUUGUACGUCUUUCUCGCGGUUGUGGGCCACUGUCAUGCUUUUGUGGACAGCAGAGUUUUCUGAACAUGUGGUUUCAGCCUAUUUAAGUGUCAUCUCAGGCUGAAACCUAAGGAAAGGGAUGGAAGGGAUGGUGGAAGUCUGGCAUACAGUUAUCCGUCAUAUGUGAGUGUGAUUUACUGCAGUGAUGCCUUCAGGAACAUUUAUUCACCACGGUCUGACGCAAGCUGCCUUAUUGCUGUGGCUAGUUGGGUGUGGACACGCUGAAAGCAGCUGCAGAGAUCGCAGAUGCCUGGCUCAAAUGCUAAUAAGCAAAGAAUAUGUAUCUCAACCACAGUAUGAAAACUGCUCCCAAGUAAUAAGAGUGCCUUACCUUGAGUACCAAACUAUUACAGUUGACACAAAGAAUCUCCGCCUGAUUAGUAAAAUUACUGCAUACAUAGAAUGGCGAGACCCUGGCUUGAUGUGGAACAUGUCCGACUACAAUUAUAAAGAAGUCACCUUGCCAGUGGAUAAGGUCUGGACCCCAGAGCUCCACGUGGCAAAUGGAAUAAUGACAACGAUGACUCAUGCCUCCCAUGACCUGACGGUGAGAUUUGAUGGCAUGGUGUACCACAUUGUGAUCAUAAAUGCUGAAGUGAACUGCGACGUCAAUAUGUUCAACUAUCCCUUUGCCACCGAUACAUGUCCUGUCGCAAUUCAAACCAGUGAGAGGGCUGGUGAAUGUGGUACAGAGCUGGAGCUGCUUUACGUGUGGCCUACUGGCAAAACCCGAGGAGACUGGAAAACUGAAUCUGUGGUGUUGGGGUCACAGGGUUACGGAGACACUCAUUACAUCAUGGUGAGCCUGAAAAUCCAAUAUACCAACCCCUUCAUCACGUUACUGUUGCCCUCCAUUCUGAUCGUCUUGGCUGAUGUGGUCAGCUUCUCCCUGCCUUUGCAAGGGGGAGAACGCAACUCUUUCAAGGUCACUUUGGUGCUCAGCUUUACCAUGUUCCUCAACAUCCUCAAUGAGAAACUCCCUGGAGACGGCGAAUGCAGCCCCAUCAUCAGAAUCCACUUCUGUAUUUGUCUGGUGCUCAUGGUCCUGAGCAUGCUGGUGUCCUUGGUGCUGACGCGGGUCGCCAAGGAUGGCGGCAUCCGUUUGUGCUGCUUCUCCAAAAAGGUUGAACCAAAAACCGCAAGAAGCAUGGAAGACAACGUGGACGAGGAAAUCAAACCUGACAUCAGUGUCAUUCAGCUGGACGGCCCAGAGGAGGAAAAACAAAUCCUUAGAAAGGUGGUCAAAUUCCUCGAGAAUUUUCAAGCUAAGGACAUGGAAAACGAGAGCUAUCAGAGGUUUGCUGACACAUUGGACAAGACAUUUUUCUGGAUCUAUUUCUUUGUUGCUGUUUCGUACUUCUGUGCGAUGACUACUGUGAUGGUGAUGUAUACCUGCAGCGUUAACCACUUCUUCUGGCACAAUGACGAUGCGAACUUCUAAUGGUCAACUGUGCUAAAAAGAAAAAGAGAGAGCAACACACUUCAAUAAAAUGGCCAUUGUAAUAUGUCUUUGCGGGAUCUCAUAAACUCAGUCACAGAAGUAAAUGGAACAGGCAAAUGGACUGUUUCAAAGAUUGAUGCAAAUCUCUAUGUAGAGAUCUAAUUAGUCACAGAAAUAUAAAGUAAGUCUUACUGUAUAUGUCUAGAUGUAGCGCAUGUGUGUGUGUGUGUUUGCAUAUAUUAUAUGCAGCUUCUGUAGACGAGUUAGAAUAGAGAUACAUGAGAAAUAAGUUUGAUAUAUAUGUAUUUAUAUAUGUCUGUCCACAUUUGUCCACUUUGAUGUCUUUUUCUUUCGUUUUAUCCUCAUAUGUUUUGUGGGACAACAACAAACUCUAUGUACUGGUCAAAGUACAUUUAUUGUGUUUGUUUGUACACAGCAAAAUCAUGAUCCUUCACUCAUCAAGUGAAGUAAGGAAAAAGAAUGAAGUCAUGGGUCAUGAGUGAGACACACAAUAUUUGAUGUUGCUUUGCUGCCACCUAGUGGUCAAGUACUAACUGCAUUAACUUUGCCUUUCAC